AUGUUGGAAAGUGUUAUUCCUGAUAAGGAGGUUUAUGACAUCAUGCAUGUUCCCGAGUUGCCACUAAGACAUCCUGGUUGCAGGUCGGAUGUGUUUUCUCUUGAGCAAAUGUUAGGGGAUUCCUUUUCCUCUUCUGACAUUCGUCAUCCUCUCGUUGUUCCUUCUGAUGUUGGUGUUGAACCAUUUACCAUCCUACCUCCUACUCGAAACCAUAAGCAUACAUUAACUCCUCAUCAGUUCAAGAAUUUUCUUCGUGAUGUAUCUGGAGCUGCCAUUUCUUCCCCGUCUGCGGAUUAUCAUGCCCUUGUUGUUGUUGAAGUCGACAAAGCUUGUCGAUAUCUGGCCCAACAUGAAAAGAUCAUUUCCAUUACCAAUGUUAAGGAAAUGAAGUUUUUUGAUGGGUUAUUGACUCUUCGUGAUCAUUAUCUCUCUGCUGAAGUUAACCUACGGGCUGCUGAUAGCAUGAAGUUGGCUGGCAAAGAGGUUCUUAUAAAAGCAGGUGGUAUGUAUGCCGAGUUGGUUGAACAACAUAUCGUUAUGACUGAGAGGGUUAUUUUUUUUGGAAUGUCAAAGAUCAUUUACGGAGGGUGA